AUAUACUGAGCUCGUAUUAGUUUAAUAAUAAACUAUGAAAUAUUUAAACCGUUAAUUAAUUAUAUGUUAUAAAAUAAUAAACUAUUAAACUAUUACAAAAAAUAUUUUAUAUACAAUUAGUUAAUUACGUAUACGUAUAGUUCAAUCUUUUGUUUGUAUUAGUUUUUAUUUGUUAGUUGGAUAGUUAAUUUUUCAUUAUUUUAUUUUAAACCUUUUUUUAUACACAAUAGUUAUGGCGGACAAUGAAGGUGACACCGUGUAUGAUCCAGCUAAUGAUCCCGCUAGAAGAGCAAAAUCUAAUGAUCCGGGAUGGAAUCAUGGAUUUUGGCCAGACUUGAACAACAAAGACAUAGUCCAAUGUAGGCAUUGUAAUAAACAAAUGUCUUCUGGAAUAAAGAGAUUAAAACAACAUCUAGCUGGCGGGUAUGGAGAUGUUGCUAAAUGUCCUCAUACGACAACAGAACUUAUGACGGAGAUGCGAGCAUAUUUAAUGAGGAAAUCCAGGAGUAAACCGAUCCAGAUUGAAGAUGACGGCGAUGAGGAUGAUGCUGAAGUACCUUUCACUCAAAUAGAUACUUCAACUUCUCAACCGAGUUCUGGGACAGCAACCAAGAGAAAAAAUGCUGCUUCGCAAUUCUUUAAUGUCCCACCAAAAAUGCCCAAACAAAACAAAUCAAUUGCCUCCAUCAUUCGCAAAACUCCCGAGGAGGUUGUUGAUGAAAGACAUGCGAAAGGCCCCACCCAAACUACACUAGAACAAUGCACAAAAAGCAAGGAGGAGAAAGAGAGGGUCUUCAUGCACAUUUCUGAUUUUUUUAUGAAAAUGGCAUUCCCUUUAAUGCAGCAAACUCCAGGAGUUAUGAGAUCAUGGUGGAGUCGAUUGGGCAGUUUGGACCAGGACUUAAACCUCCUAGCUAUCAUGAGUUGCGUGUACCACUUCUUGAAAAAGCAAAGAAAAAUACAGAGAAGCUCAGAGAAAAACAUGAACUUGCUUGGAAGGAAUAUGGGUGCACACUCAUGUCUGACCGAAGGAAUCGACACUUGAUUAAUUUCCUUGUCAAUAGUCCAGAAGGCACUUUUUUCCUAGACUCGGUUGAUGCAUCAGGUGAAUCUCAAGAUGCAACAUUGCUGGCAGGUUUGCUUGAGAAAAAAAUUGAAGAAGUCGGAAAAGACAAGGUAGUGCAAGUGGUGACAGACAACGGCUCUAACUAUAAGGCUGCGGGAAAACUUCUAGAGCUCAAGAUACCCACACUUUAUUGGACUCCAUGCGCUGCACAUUGUUUGGAUUUGAUGUUGGAGGAUAUCGGUAAAUUAGCCGAGUUCAAGCCCCACAUUGAAAAAGCAAGACGUGUGACUACUUUCAUUUAUCGGCACACGAGAAUCCUCCAUUCAGUGAGACAAAAGACGGGUGGGAAGGAUCUUGUAAGACCUGGAGUUACUAGAUUUGCAACAGCGUUUCUCACUUUGCAAUCUCUAUAUAAACACAGAGAAGCAUUGAGAAAUCAAUUUAGCGGUCUGGAUUGGGGUAGAUCUAAAUUGGCUGCCACAGAAGCAUGAAAGAGGGUUAGUGAGAUUGUGUUGUCUACUAGAUUCUGGAGUGCAGUGGAAGACUGCAUACGAGCUUCACAGCCGCUUUUAGUUGUCUUGAGGAUAGUUGAUGCUGACGAGCAACCAGCUAUGCCAGAGCUUUCACUAGCCAUGGAUUGUGCCAAGAAAAAAAUCAGUGAGUCAUUUGAAAAUAAGGCUAGAGUUUUGAGAAGCCUAGUUGGGAUCAUUGAGACACGAUGGGAAGUCCAGAUGGAGGUCAAAUUAUACGGGGCAGCUUUAUUUUUAAAUCCGUCUAAAUAUUUUGAUCUCAAACAGACUGAUCCCACAUCAGCAUCAAGGCAACGAUCAAUGUUUAACGAUGUGCUUGAAAAGAUGGUCACUGAUGAAACAUUGCAGGCCAAGAUAAGUGAUCAAGCGACAGAUUAUGACAAAUUGAGAGCAAGUUUUGCAAAGCAACUCGCGAUUAAGCAACAAAAAUCUAAGAGUCCUCGUAAGUCAUACUUUUUAUAUAUUUGAAAAUUAGUUUAAACUUUAAACAUAUUAAAAAUUAAUUAAUAUUUUAUUUGUGAUUAAUUUAAAGUUGAUUGGUGGGAUGCUUUUGGUGGACUCGCUGUUGGGCUGCAAUCGUUCGCAAAACGCAUAGUUGGUCUCUGUUGUACCUCUUCUGGCUGUGAGCGUAAUUGGAGCACUUUUGAGUUUAUUCAUACAAAAAGAAGAAACAGGUUGGAGCAUAAGAGGUUGAAUGACUUGGUUUUUAUUCAAUAUAAUCGGAAGAUAGCGACCAGAUUUCAGAAGCGGCGUGAAGAAGGAACAAACUUCAACCCUUUAAUAUAUGAAGAUUUCCAAUGGAACAAUGAAUGGGUCAGCAAUGACGUUGUUCAUCCUGGUGAUGAUCUUCUUUGGAGUCAAGUUGAUGAAGUUAUGGGUGCAUCAAGCAAUCUUCAAGGUCGUAAUCUUCCUAGGACUAGUAGCUCUCGUGGAGAAUCGGUUUAUUCUCGACGCCGUGGUUCAAAUUCUUCAUUAAGGUUGAUUGAUGAAGACAUGAACAACGAGGAAGAAAGUUUUCCAAAUGAUGAUGAAGAUGUUGAAGAUGACUAUGGCCAAACACCACCCACUCCUACUCAUGAUUAUGAUGAUCAGGGCAAUGAAGGCCGUAGAGAUGAUUUAGUCCUUGAUGAUUUUUGAUAAAUUAGUAGUUUGAUCUUUACACUGCUUAUUUGAGAUAUACAUUUUUAAUCUUAAUUCCCAUUAAUAAACCUUGUUUUUAAUUAUUAAUUGUGGAUUUCAAUUCUAAGUUAUAUGUGUUUUAGUUAGUAAUAUAUUAUACAUAAUAUAUAAUUAAAUAUAUAAUUAUAUAUGUAAAUAUAUAAUUAUAUAUAUAAUAUAUAAUAUAAUAUAUACAUAUAGGCGACUACUCGCCUAAUUGUCGCCUAGGCGGGCGCCUUGUCGCCUAGGCGAUAUGGCGGUCAGCUGGCGCCGCGACUCGAC